CCCAAAAGGACCCAGGUCCAGGUCUCAGAGCGGCGCGGGGACGCCGCGAGGAGGCGCCACCACUCCAGCUUGCGGGGUCCUGGCGCCCCCAGGGCGGCCCCGAGGCUCCGGGCGAUCACCUGCACGGGGCGGAGCUGGGGGCGGGACCCCUGGGCGGGGCGGGAUUCCCACCAGCCGCGUCCAGCCUGGCGGCGGCGGCGUCACCAGCGACUGAUCGCCGGAGCGCAGCGGGGCGCCCAGCGGGGUCGCCGGAGCAGGAUCGAGAUGACCACAGCCACCCCUCUGGGGGACACCACCUUCUUCUCGUUGAACAUGACCACCCGGGGAGAGGACUUCCUGUAUAAGAGUUCCGGAGCCAUCGUCGCUGCCAUCGUGGUGGUUGUCAUCAUCAUCUUCACCGUGGUUCUGAUCCUGCUGAAGAUGUACAACAGGAGAAUGAGGAUGAGGCGGGGGCUGGAGCCCAAGGGCCCCAAGCCAAGUGCCCCUUCUGCCCCGGACCCAAACAGCAACAGCAGCCAGCACCCUGCCACGGUGACCUUCGGCCCAGUGGACGUCCACGUGGAGACCUGACGACCCCUCCCCCAGCGCUGGCUCGCCGGCUGUCCCACAGUCAGGCCCCAGGAGCUCACUUCUCCGGCAGCUUCCCCGCGACUUCCCCCCGGGCGGCUCCACGGAGGGGUCUGUCACUCACUCCCUGAUGCUUCAAGCACCCUUGCCCUCAUUCGGCCGCGCGCCACCCCCCCCAGCUGUGUCCGCAUCCCUGCUGCCCUCCUGCCAAAGAGCUGGGGCACAGUCCUUUGUCAUCCGGCGAGGCAGAGCUAUGUUGGGAAGCCGGUGGUGUGGAUUUGGCUCUGUCCCCCCAGACUACAGCUAGACAGACAGACACGCAGCCCAGGAGACUUCUGAUUGCGUCAAGGUCGGGGUAACAGACAGCAAAGCGCCCCGCCCCGCGGUCAGACCCGGGGAGACCCACACGGACUAACCACCCAGAACACCAACUUGUUAAUUUACUGCCUCUUCCUGCCCCAGAUGACCCCGGCACCCUUCCCAACCCCUCACAGAGAGAUUCAAGCCAGAGCGUGCCACGGUCACCCACGGUUUCUCUGUAGAGAGCCGGCCUCUGACCCCUGAGCCUGGACAAGCAUCUGAGAAGGAGCAGCAUUUUGGAGAUAAGAUGACCUGCCCUCUGAGCCCUACUUCCUGCCUGGUGGCCUUGGAAAAGUGACUCCACCCCCACAAAAAGUGUAAAAACAGAAACCAAAAAAAAAAAAAAAAAAAAAAGUGGCUCAACCUGCCCAGGGUCAGCUUCCCAGCUGUGAAGCGGAUGCUAACGUGUGCCUGGCUGGGCGGGGAGCUCCAGCCCCGGGUUCAGUACCGCAGCUCAAGUGCAGGGCCCAGCACCCAGCAGGUGCUUCAUAUGUGAAAGCCAGCAUAUCACCACGGCAUUUCUUUAAUUACAGGACAUACAUGUGUUCCCAUUGCAAUAAUUCUAGUAUCAGAAUGUGUCAUAAUUUAUGGGUCCCUUAGUGCCAUUAUAUUUCUUUUCUUCAUCUUCCCUCUCCAAAAAGCUGCUUCUUAAUCAAUCGUGCGCCCUUGGAAACAAGGGGAUGCAUCCCUACUGCGCUGCGGUCGGUGGCACUGUGACCUUUCCCCUCAAACCCUGGCGUCUCUCCCUUCCAGGGUCAGAAUUUGCCUUCUGAGGGGAAGUUGAGGGUCACAGCGUUGGUUAAGAGGACUGACCCGGGUCGCUCCUGUCGCCGCACUAGGGAACACCCAGCUGGAGAGAGCUGGAGCAACACAGGCAAACUCUUCCUCCGUGGUCAUCUUCUCUCCCUGCUGUGUUUAAAUUCCACCAAGUACCAGGCUCUUUGCAAAGUGCUUUCCCGGGAGUUAUCAGCUGGGUUUCCAUUUUCCUCACCACCCUAGGUGGUGUUACCUUCUUCCAUUCCCAGAUGAGAGUCUCCAACUCAAAGAGAAAGCGCUCUUGCCCAAAGUCACGUGGCUAGGAGGUUGCAAGGAAGGACUCAAAACCAGGUCUGUUUGCUUCCAGGCCCGUCUUUUUGUCCCAUCACACUCUUCCCGCCAUCCUGGCUCAAAGGAGCAUGGGUCCUUUCGCGGGCUGCACAAGAGGACAGGCGGCUUGUCCACGUGUUUGAGGGGCAGUCAGGGGUCUGGCUUCCGGUCACCUCCCAUUGGUAGCCUAAGGACCCCAUUAUCAACCCUUCCUGGCACUAAGGAUUUCCGCUGCAUUCACCCUGCCGCUGCGGCCCGCGGAGCAGGGGCCUCUGAGCAAAGCAAAGCCAUUUCUGUAAGGGCCCAAACCUCCAGCAGACGUGCCCCACAAACACAUUCUGCUUCCGAAGAAAAGUCAUCUGGAAUAUUCCAGCCCUAAAACUGAACCCUUCAGCCCACAGUGCAGUCUCCCUGGAACCCCUCCAGUGCAGGUUCCUAUCUGCCAAACACCAGGGAGGGGGUGGAAGAAGGAGGGAGAUAGAGUGGGGGGAGAGGCAGAUAAGAGGCUUUCAAUGUUUUGUGUUUAACCGAUAAAAGUAAUUCAACAGACGUCCUGCAAGGCUCCCAGGGGCAGGAGCUGAAUACAGGCAAAGGCGAGGUCCUAGCUCUCUGGAGUCAGCGCGGUCUCCUAUGAUCAGGACCCUCUGAGAAGUGUUUCAUUCCUGACGGCGCCUUUAACUGAGCAGGUGCUGCCUUAUUUGGCCUCUGAGUCCCUAGGAGAUAUAAAACGCUUAAAGACAAACACUUAAAAAUUAAAAGAUUUAAAUCAAA